UGAGAGACUCUAGAAGGAAAUGAGAGAGGCUGCAGCUAUCGAGUGACCCUGAAGCCACAGAAGCAGAAAGGUGGUUUAGUUUGAACGCGAAACAGAGAAAGUCUGCUUACAGUUCAUCACUUCAGAGCAGCAGUAGAGCUUGGAAACGUAUGCAUAGUUUUGGACAGGUCGGGUGCAGUUUGCCUUGAAGAUUAAGAAGACACAGAGGGCACCAGUAUUCCUGCUUCCAGAGCCCAGCACUUUGCUAUUGGACGUCUCCAGAUGUUCCUCCUGAAGGCAGUCAGGUUCCUGGUGGUGUCCCCACAAAAAUGUUCUGUGUUGGUGAAUCUUGCUUCCAGACCUUUUUCCUGUCCUCUGUGUACAUCAUCUGCCAAGAAGAUUACGCAAUCUGACAAUGCUAUGGUCCGCAUUGCCAGAGCUAGUGGGAAGUAUCAGAACUGUCUGGAGAAUUUAUCACAGCUGUCACCCACCAGAGUCACACACCUUCUGCAAGACAACAUGACCAAAAAACGUCCUACCUUCAACUAUGACAAAUUCUUUCAAAAGAAGGUUGAGGAUAAGAAGAGUGAGCACACGUACAGGGUGUUCAGGACGGUGAACAGGAGAGCACAGGCCUUCCCCCUGGCUGAUGAGCUCUCCGGCCUGCAGACCCCGGAGAGAGAGAUUUCCGUCUGGUGCAGCAGUGACUGCUUGGGCAUGAGCUGCCACCCCCAGGUUCUUCGCUCGAUCUCAGAUGCUCUAUGGCAGCACGGAGCGGGAUCGGGAGGCUCACGGAACAUCUCCGGGACAAGCAGGUUCCACGUGGAUCUGGAGCAGGAGCUGGCCGAUCUCCACCGCAAAGAUGCGGCUCUGCUUUUCUCCUCCUGUUUUGUGGCCAACGAUUCCACACUUUUUACACUGGCCAAGAUGCUGCCAGGCUGUGAGAUUUACUCAGACGCUGGGAAUCACGCCUCCAUGAUCCAAGGGAUCAGGAACAGCGGCGUGCCCAAGUUCAUCUUUCGCCACAACGAUGUUAAUCACCUUCGAGACCUGCUGAGGAAGUCCCACCCCACCACUCCCAAGAUCGUGGCCUUUGAAACCGUUCACUCCAUGGAUGGUGCUGUGUGUCCGCUGGAGGAAAUGUGCGAUGUUGCCCAUGAAUUUGGAGCCAUCACGUUCGCUGAUGAGGUCCACGCGGUUGGGUUGUAUGGACCUCGAGGUGGAGGAAUAGGUGACCGAGAAGGAGUCAUGCACAAGACAGACAUCAUCUCUGGGACACUUGGUAAAGCCUUUGGCUGUUUUGGAGGUUAUAUAGCCAGUACUGCCACCCUUGUGGACACAGUACGCUCCUACGCAGCUGGCUUCAUCUUCACCAUUUCCCUGCCACCGAUGCUCUUAGCCGGUGCCAGGAAAUCCGUUCAGAUACUCAAGAGCGAGGAGGGACGUACUCUGAGGCAGAAGCACCAAGAAAAUGUCCAACUGCUCACACAGAUGCUCAUGAAGGCUGGUCUGCCUGUGGGACACUGCCCGACUCACAUCAUUCCAGUCAGGGUGGCAGAUGCAGCAAAGACCAAUGAAGUGUGUGACAUGAUGAUGAGGAGGCACGGUGCCUACGUGCAGGCCAUUAAUUACCCCACUGUCCCACUGGGGGGAGAGCUCCUCCGAAUCAUCCCCACCCCUCGUCACACCCCACAGAUGAUGAGCGACUUCACUGAACAACUGGUGGAGAUCUGGAAAGAGAUUGGUCUGGACCUCCACUCUACAUCUCUGUAACAUUCAUAUGCAACUUCAUGGAUUAAAAAGACAGAGAAAAACUGACUUUAUCCAAGCAAUUGGAUACUUCCCAGUCCUGGACAUUCUCAUAUUUCCCAUUGUCUGUCUCCUCUCUUCACUUCUGAUCGUGUUAAUAAUAAUAAGUAAAACUUUGAAUCAUUCUAAAAUUCAGAAGACAGAAGUAUAACAUUAUUAGAUUUUUGACAUUAUCUGUAAAUCAUGCUGCUAUAUACUUUUUUGUUUCAGUGGGGGUAUGAUUUAGUCAUGAGACUCUGAGGGCACUGUAAGUACUUUAGCUCAACAUGGCACUCUUGGUACUGUAGUUAUAGUUCUUAAACAAUGAAUAAAAUGUAUUUAGUUUUAAAAGUUACAUUUUAGAGAAAAUUCAGUUGUUUUAGCUGGUUGAUAUAUAAAGUCAGAAAACUCACAAUAUAUGAAGCUUAAAGAUAUAAAGUUUACAUUAGCUCACAAUCUAAUUGCACAUCUCAAGGCCGCUCUCAGAACGUGUGCAACAGUGAAUAUCACCUGAAGGGCUUGUCCAGAUGCAGCUGAGCUAAGGUACACACUAAUGAACAAAGGGGACUUCUUGUGGUUUACUCUGAUUAACUAAAUAAAGGAUAAACACUCAACAAGGAUAAAAUACAGCACAAACACAGAGAGAGGACAGGCCAGUAGGGAGAAACAG